AUGAUUUCCAAAAUACUAACAGCCUUCCACGUCAUCUCGGCGGUAGUCAUACUUGCGUUGACCGUAAGGGUACUGCAAGAUGAAGAAAACGAGAAGAAGGGCAUAGUCCAAAUUCUGCUGCAUGAGCAUGCACGCCGCUUCGUCCAGGUUCCCGAUGUGGUUGGUUCUAUUGCUACUGCGGUGAAGAGCGCGGCCUCCAGCGUGAUCACCGUCGCGGUCGCAUCUGGCGAGUCUUUAGUGGCCGCGAGCCUGCCUUCGAGCGUGUCAGUAGGAACGAAGUACGCAUGUGUGGCUUCCCAAUGCGCCGCCAUCCCUGGCUCUGCUUUUCGUCUGGUCCAAGACCUUGCCUCAUUUCUCCCUUCGCCCCAGGAAAUCGAAAGGUUGCAAGAGCUGGUGGAAAAAUGUCCGAACAUGGAAACCGUUCUGUCCGCCGGGCUCGGUUUGGCGUUAACUUCGACUAUAUUCUUGCUUGCCGGUCUCAAGUUUAGGCUUCUCAGCUUUGUUUCAUUCGGAUUGAAUGUCGUUUGUGCUGUCCUCUUUGCAGUAGUGACGUUCUUUUCGGUUUCGCUGCAUAAAUCGUCUCAAGCUGUUGCGGACUUGCUGGACGUCGAAGUGCGCAAAGGGGAUGUUUUUGGGGCAUCUGUUGGCGAUUUAACAGCAAGUUUGAUUAUGUGCGCGCUGGCCCUCUGUCAGAUCAUUGUCAAUUAG